GGCGGGGCCGCGGGGACGCGCUCGACGAGAGGACAAGAAGCAGGCGGCGCGCUCCCGCUGAACAGACGCGCACCGGAGAGCAGCACCGGAGGACGGACAGCGGGACCGAGCAGCACCGACAGGAGGACGGACAGCGGGACCGAGUAGCACCGACAGGAGGACGGACACAGAGACCGAGCAGCACCGACAGGAGGACGGACACAGAGACCGAGCAGCACCGACAGCAGGACGGACACAGAGACCGAGCAGCACCGACAGGAGGACGGACACACCGGAGGUCAGGAUGCGGGAAAUCGUUCACAUCCAGGCGGGACAGUGCGGGAACCAGAUCGGGACGAAGUUCUGGGAGGUGAUCAGUGAUGAGCACGGUAUCGACCCGGCUGGGAGCUACGUCGGCGACUCGUCUCUGCAGCUGGACCGGGUCAACGUCUACUACAACGAGGCGUCCUCGCAUAAAUACGUCCCCCGGGCCGUGCUGGUGGACCUGGAACCAGGAACCAUGGACAGCGUUCGCUCGGGAGCCUUCGGACAACUUUUCAGACCGGACAACUUCAUCUUUGGGCAGACAGGUGCCGGCAACAACUGGGCUAAAGGCCAUUACACCGAGGGGGCGGAGCUUGUGGACUCGGUGCUGGACGUGGUGAGGAAGGAGUGCGAACACUGCGACUGUCUCCAGGGUUUCCAGCUGACUCACUCCCUGGGCGGGGGCACCGGCUCCGGUAUGGGCACCCUGCUGAUCAGUAAGAUCCGGGAGGAGUACCCCGACCGCAUCAUGAACACCUUCAGCGUCAUGCCCUCACCCAAGGUGUCGGACACCGUGGUGGAGCCCUACAACGCCACGCUGUCGGUCCACCAGCUGGUCGAAAACACCGACGAGACCUACUGCAUCGACAACGAGGCCCUCUACGACAUCUGCUUCCGCACUCUGAAGCUGACGACGCCGACCUACGGCGACCUCAACCACCUGGUGUCGGCCACCAUGAGCGGCGUCACCACCUCGCUGCGCUUCCCCGGACAGCUCAACGCCGAUCUCCGCAAGCUGGCCGUCAACAUGGUGCCCUUCCCCAGGCUGCACUUCUUCAUGCCGGGCUUCGCUCCGCUGACGGCCAGGGGCAGCCAGCAGUACCGGGCGCUCACCGUCCCGGAGCUCACCCAGCAGAUGUUCGACGCCAGGAACAUGAUGGCGGCCUGCGACCCGCGCCACGGACGCUACCUGACCGUCGCCACCGUCUUCCGCGGACCCAUGUCCAUGAAGGAGGUGGACGAGCAGAUGCUGAACGUCCAGAACAAGAACAGCAGCUACUUCGUGGAGUGGAUCCCCAACAACGUGAAGGUGGCCGUCUGCGACAUCGCGCCGCGGGGGCUCAAGAUGGCCGCCACCUUCAUCGGCAACAGCACGGCCAUCCAGGAGCUGUUCAAGCGGAUCUCGGAGCAGUUCUCGGCCAUGUUCCGACGAAAGGCCUUCCUGCACUGGUUCACGGGCGAGGGCAUGGACGAGAUGGAGUUCACGGAGGCGGAGAGCAACAUGAACGACCUGGUGUCCGAGUACCAGCAGUACCAGGACGCCACGGCCAACGACGGCGAGGAGAACUUCGAUGACGAGGAGGACGAGAUCAACGACUGAAGCUGGGAGAACUCUGAAGCAUUUAGACCACAAAAAUAUUUUGAUUUGACGACCGUCUCUUCAGAAACCCUCUUAGCUCUCAGCAGCUUUGGGAGACCUUUAGCUCCUGUAACGUUUUUAGAAGAGUAAAAUUAAAUUUAUUUAUUAAUAUAUAUUUUUAAAAAUUACCAGAAACAUACACAAAAUGACCACAGAAAGACUCAAAAUGAGCACAAAAGCACACAAAAUGACCACAGAAAGACUCAAAAUGAGCACAAAAGCACACAAAAUUACCACAGAAAGACUCAAAAUAAGCACAAAAGCACACAAAAUGACCACAGAAAGACUCAAAAUGAGCACAAAAGCACACAAAAUUACCAUCAAGCGAUGUAAAAUUAUUACAAAAAGAUACAGAAUGACCACAAAAUGACCACAAAAGGGAUGAAAUUAUGACAAAAGACUCAAAAAGACCAUAAAAAGACACAAAAUGACCACAAAAAGAAUAGACAGCAGGUUUUGGACAGUAGAACUGGUGUUAAUUAGAAAUCUUAAAGAAGACCUCGGCCUAGUUUUCUUUUGUGUCUGCUCUUUAAUCUACUAAUAGAACAUUUGAAGAAUGAAUCAACUAGUUGGUUCAAAGUGAAAGUGUCCUUAAAAUCCUGAACAUUGUCUCGCUUUCUGUCAUCUGUUAGUGACUAAAUGUGUCAUCGUUCAAGAUAAACUUCUUAACUCUAGUAACAGAACCUUUUAUUUAGAGAGUCAUGUGCUCUGAAUUUAGGACUUUUCAUUUUAACACCUUACAGGACAGUGACUGCAGACACAAAGGAGACAAAACAACUGCAAAGAAACGAAACAUUCUUACAAAUAAGCACAAGAUGACCACAAAAAGACAUGAAAUUACCAAAAAGAGACACAAAAUGACCACAAAAAGAUGCAAAAGGACUAAAAAUAAACACAAAACGACCAGAUAAAGUGCCUAAACUUCUCCAAACCUUGUCUUGUUUCAGGACUGCAGAGAACUGAAUAUUUUUGGUUAAAAUAACUCUUCAGUUCAUGCAGCAGGCGCCGUGAAUGCACGACAACAGACUGUUUCCCUUUUUGUACUGUGUUUUAGUGAGUUUGUUGUUUUCAAGCUGUGAUUUUUGUACUUGUGAGCACAUCUCUACUGGCUGACAAAUAAAAGCUUCUUUAAAAGUC